UGCAUGCUCCCCAUCCUUCGGGUGAUGCACGCGUGUGUCUGUUAAUGGGACGCUGGCGCUGGGCAUGGCGUCUUACAAAAUACAGGAGAGAGUGUCUUUGCCUCGCGGGGCUUGUAGCUGGUAAUUCAGCCCAGGGCAGACAGCAGUUAAGAGACAGGCAGGGCUAAGCAGAGGGUGCUUUGCAUGUGGGAUGGAAAAUGGAUUUAGAGUAUUUAAUGCAGAUCCACUCAAAGAGAAGGAGAAACAAGAAUUUCUAGAAGGAGGAGUUGGCCAUGUUGAGAUGUUGUUUCGCUGCAAUUACUUAGCUUUGGUUGGUGGAGGAAAAAAACCCAAAUACCCUCCCAAUAAAGUGAUGAUCUGGGAUGAUCUGAAAAAGAAGACUGUUAUUGAAAUAGAGUUUUCCACUGAAGUCAAAGCAGUUAAAUUGCGAAGGGACAGAAUCGUGGUAGUUUUAGACUCUAUGAUUAAAGUUUUCACAUUCACGCACAAUCCUCACCAGUUGCAUGUCUUUGAAACCUGCUACAAUCCUAAAGGUCUCUGCGUCCUGUGCCCAAAUAGUAAUAAUUCCCUACUCGCAUUCCCUGGAACACAUACCGGACACGUGCAGAUAGUAGACCUGGCAAAUACAGAAAAACCUCCAGUAGAUAUACCUGCUCAUGAAGGAGUCUUGAGUUGCAUAGCUCUAAACCUGCAGGGAACAAGAAUUGCCACAGCUUCUGAAAAAGGGACCCUAAUAAGAAUAUUUGACACUUCAUCUGGACAUUUAAUCCAGGAGCUGCGCAGAGGAUCUCAGGCUGCCAAUAUCUACUGCAGCAACUUGAUCCCUGAUUAUACUGGCAUGCACGAAUUUACGUCUGACUUCUCCAUUAGCAUUAACUUCAACCAAGAUGCUUCUCUCAUCUGUGUGUCAAGUGAUCACGCUACCGUGCACAUCUUUGCUGCAGAGGAUCCUAAAAGGAAUAAGCAGUCAAGCUUAGCAUCAGCCAGCUUCCUGCCCAAAUACUUCAGUUCCAAAUGGAGUUUUUCCAAAUUUCAGGUUCCCUCAGGCUCUCCCUGCAUCUGUGCCUUUGGAACAGAGCCAAAUUCUGUCCUAGCAAUCUGUGCUGAUGGCAGCUACUACAAAUUUUUAUUCAAUCAAAAAGGGGAAUGCUCCAGGGAUGUCUACGCUCAGUUCUUAGAAAUGACUGAUGACAAACUUUGACUGAACUGAUUGACAGAAGCUUUGUGGAGGGGAGUUAUGUUUGGAUCCCCUCCUACUUAUUCUCCCUCUCCUGAAGAGAUUGCCUCUGACCAUCCAGCAAUCGACAGUGCUGCUCAAGAUGGGACCGACGAUCUUAAGAAGCCCAAGCCAAUAUGACUGGAGCAAGUUGCAAGGCUGAGGACUAAUAUGUUAACUGUCAACAGCUGGUUUUAAAUGUUAGUUUUGGCUGCUGCUGUUCCUUCAUUUUUUUCUUAAAAGUUUCAAUAGCCUGUGCCUAUUGGGUUUCUGUAGUUAACGUGUGAAGAAGCUUAGUACCUGCCACACCAUAUGGUUUAAGGAAAGGGCGUUUGUGAGUUAAGCAGUUAAUGGACUCCAAACAAAUUCAAACUGGACUUCUACUGCUAUGGUUGGAGGUGGUGGGAGUGGCUUUACAGACAACAUGGAAUAUUUAUACCAGCAGCUUCUGCCUUUCCAAAUACCUUGUUUUUUCCUAAUACACGGAAGGGAAUCAGCAAGUCAGCUUUGAGUUGCACUUGCUCAGGAACAGAUAAAAUGCUCAAGUUCUUGUCUCCAUAUUGCUGAAUAGGUGUUAACUUGUUAAUGUCAUUAUCAAGAGGUGCCAAAUGACUAUUCCAUAGCAAACAGCAUUACACACUGCUGACCCAAAUAACCAUUAUGUAGGGCAGGAAGAAAAUGGCAUAGGAAAAUGUCAGGGGAGUGCAAAGCUGAGUGUCUAGAUAGUGGAAGUAACCAUUCCAUACUGUUCAAAUCUUCCAUUAAUGUUGGCACUUCUACUGAGCAAGGAAAGGCUCACAAGACAGUCUCACAUGGGCAAGUGGUAGUAUACCAUGCUUCUGUAGUCUGCAAGAUGUCCCUCACUCUCAUCUAGUGAGUUUACGAAGCCGCUGCUUGUUUGAACAAAAAUGAACAAAGCAACACAGCUCUAUUUCGAGAACGUGGGAAAAUAAAGCAUAUGGACUCCUAAUUUUAAAUUGCCACCAUCACCCCUUAAAGCACAACUUUAAUUAUUUUUCCUUAUUUCACAUAUGCUUACAAAUUAACUGAAGUCUUAGUUCACAAAGUUGUAAAGUAUUGCAAUUUGUCAUUUAACUAAAAUCUGUAUUCAUAUGUCAGUUUGCAUGUUGCUUUUAAAUGUGUAUUUAAUCAUGGAAAUUGUUUUGCACAUCUUUUGUAAUACCCUAAUUAAAGUGACUAAUUUACUGUA